GGGGGGGUGGCUGCUAAUUUAUUUUUUUUUCAGGUUCAAAAAUUUCGACCCUUCCCAGGAGGACCAAAAACUUUUAUGAUUGUAUAAGAUUGUAUAAGCUAAGGUGCCAUGAUUUACAAAAGAGUAAAAUACUUUAUAUCUAUUUACUGGGAGAUGGCCUGAACGUGGCUGUUUUCAGAAAGCAUCCAUAUUGUGCUGUGCACUAUUUCAGGUUCAGAGCACUAUUUCACGAAAAUUUUUGUCAUUAUUGUUAAAACCCCAAUAGCUCCUUUCCACAAGAAUUAUUAUUUGCAUAUCUUUUCAUGCUACAAAUCUUAAAGUUAGGGAGGGGGUGAUAUGAAUGGAAAUUCGAAAAAACUAAAAAACUUCAGAAGAUAAAACAAACAGAAGUGCCAGCCAAAUGGGAGUUGUGAAAGUCCAGGAAAGAAGCCAAUCAUAUUUAUUUAUUUAAUUUUUGAAAGUCUCGGUUCUCCCCAGAAAAUUUUGAAAUUCCAGACUUAUAGGAGACUCGGAAAUUGAUUAGAAUACCUGUUCUAAAAAAUGAGACCCUCCCCUAAACCCUGAGGCCCUCACCCAACUCCAAACAUAGCAGCCCUUGUAUCACCCAUGAAUGUAAUAACACGUCACCCAUAAAUGUUAUAACAACCAUAAAUGUAAUAACACCCAUAAAUGUAAUAACACGUCACUCAUAAAUGUUAUAACAACCAUAAAUGUAAUAACACGUCACCCAUAAAUGUAAUAAACCACGAUGGGCUCGCGGGCGCACGAAAUCGGCGCUUUCAAAUGACGGCAGAUUUCCCCACUUUCGAAUGCAUUUCGCUUCCACGGUAACCAAAGGCGCGUUCUGUAAACAAUGCACUGCCGAUUGGCACGAGCGCUGAAAUCAGACCACCAAAGCAGCACAAAUAUUGUAUCUGAUGUUAAUAAAAAUCCAUGAUUCAAAAGAAAAUUUCAUUGUCUUUCUCAUGAGAACCUCUUUUUUUCCCCGUAAGUCCUCUGUUUUUCAGAAACUGACAAAACUCUCGAGCGUAUGAUUGUCAAUCGAUCAGAAUUAUCUGGCGAGUGGGAUAUCUACUCGAGCGUCCUCUGUAAAAACACGAGAAAAUAACCUAUCAAAUCAGACGAACAAACAAAACUUUCAUGAACAUUUUCUUUGUUAUGCUUCUCUGUGUAUAUGUUUUGAAAAUCAGCUCGUCUAACCUAAAGCUUUUCAAGUUAUUAAAGUUUUUGUGAGGUUCUCUAUUUCGCAUCUAGUCGAAAAAUGAGAUGGUUCGAGCGUAUAACGGGGAUCGAGCGAAUGAGUAUCGAUUUGAUAUCUAAAUGAGAUUUUUGGCCGAUAGUAUUUCGGCAGAGGAUCGAGUAACUAUUGAUCUGUCUUUUCGGAAAUUUCUCAGCCAAAGGACAAAAUGGCGACUGUUAAUCUCUGCUUUGAAGGGAGAAAUUUUCGCGCGCUUCCAGCGUUUCUCGAAGAUGUGAUGUCAGGACGAAUCCGCAAGGAUUGAAUGAGUACCAUUUUCUUUUUUGAUUUUCAUUGAUUUAAAAAUCCUGAAAGAACAAAAUGUUUAAUAUAGAUUCAAGUAAACGUUCUAUAAAAUCCAUCGACUUUAGUUUGGUUUUUGUGAAGUUAUUAGCUUUCAAAGUCAGAGCAAGCGUAAUUCUCAGUCCACUUUGCCGUGGUUCCCAAUUGUUCAACCGUAGGCCCACUCUAUUUCAUAUAUUCAUAAAUUCUUAUUUUGUUAUUUGAGAGUGUUUUUGUACUUCACCCGCUAAAACCUGAACAGAGGGAAAUUUGUUUACUUAAGCUAUGUUCUUGUUAACUCUUCCAUCCUAAAUCAGCACAACUAAUUCAAAACAAACGAUAUUCCUGGAUUGAGUUUGCUCUUAGGGCUGGACCCUUCACAGAAUGUACUUGUAGAAUAUCAUCUGAAGGCUGUAUGACACUUGCUUGUAGGUUUUUCCUUAGGUUUUAAUUUAACUUUUGGAAUGUGACAGGUCCAACAUCUAUUUUAUUUGUAUUAGUGCCUUCACAUAUGGAAAAAGGGUGCCCUUUACUUUGCUCCUAUUUCUUGAGUGACCUACUGUAUGGAGAACUUGGCAGUUGUUAAUGAAAUACACCAGUACAAGCCAAGUAGCUUGGAAGGAUUUCAUGAAAAAGGUGGACUCAUGUAUCAAGGAUUUUUAUGACUGCUUCAAGCUGCAAAAGAGUAAGUGGAUUUAAAAGACAAUUCUAAUACUAAUAUAUUUGCUUAGGAAUAUAUUUUUUAGAGAAAAGAUAAAGGCAAGAUAAACAUUACUUUCUUGCCCAGUCAUAAUGAGAUGCUUGAGAUAGGAAUUUAGCAUUUUAUAAAUUGUUCAAAGGGGAGUGAUGCUCGAAUUGUAUAGUACAAGGUUGUUAUUAAACAGUACCGAUGUUUGGAAAACAGUUACAUGUAGAUCAAUUAGCAAAAAAACAUCAUGUAAGACAUAUUAUUUAAUAAAUAACAGGUAUUCUAUUAUAAAUAUCACCAUGGACCUUUUGGUAAAAAUUGAAGCUAGAAUCCACAGAGCAUAAAUGCUUUAAAAAACGAUAGAAUAAUAAUAAUAAAAAAAUGACAUGCUCACAGACUUUAUCCUUCUAAGGAAAUCUUCCAGAGACUCCUUCCUCGGGGAUCUGUCCCAUUGGGCCUCAAUUUUCGUUCCUAGAGAAACAAUCACAUUGCAACCUCUUUUGUGCAGCCUUGACAACAGAUUGACUGAGCCUUUAGAGUCAACAAGGAACAAAUCCGAAGUGCAUUUAAGUGGUGAUUCAGCAGCACAGUAUCCUUCAAUCCAUUUCUUGGCUGCUCAGGGUGAAGUGGCAAAAAUUAAAGAAGAGAUUGAUAGAGGAACUGAUAUUAACUCUGCAGACAAGGCUGGGCUCACUCCUCUUGCAUGGGCUGCAGCUCAUAGGCAGAAAGCAACUGUGACCUUGUUACUGAAGCAUGGUGCAGACGUGACCAUUUGCAGCCCAAAUGGUGAGAAUGCUCUAGCAUUUGCCACAUGCCAAGGUCAGCUAGAGGUAGUGGAGCAGAUUCUAGCUCAGGGUGCUGAUCCAAAUGUGACCACAUUGGACGGCGCCACACCAUUGAUGUUUGCGGCCUACAGUGGUUAUCCCCAAGUUGCCAAAGUUCUUCUGGAACAUGGAGCUGAUCUCACUGCUACCAACAAUGAGGGUCAAACUGCCCUUGCCAUCGCAGUUGGAAUGGGAAACAAGAAUGUCCAACGAGUCAUUGAUGACUACAUGAGGAGCAUUCUAGAGCGAUAACAGGAACAACAAAGUUUUCAGGAACUGAAUAGAUAGAAGAAACGUGUAAAUACUAUUUAUUGUGGUGUACAACCAUAACAAACUAUUUUGUAUCAACUAGAGCUGGCACUCUUAAAACCAUAGCAACUAAAUUGUCAAACAUGUUUUGUAUUUUUAUUAAAGUAUGAAAAGAAUA